GCUUCACCAUGGCGAACAGAGGCUAUGAUGUAGUUGUGGACGUCGACCAAGAGGGCGACCUAGGCCAUACUGAUCUCCAAGAAGAUCUCGAAUUCCACAGUUCGAACUUCGACACGCAACCCACCCCACGCUCCGGCGGCAACAACAACUCGAAAAUCCAACCCGACUCCGCCUCUGCAUCCUUCCUCCCCGGCCCCGCUACAGCCAGCACCUCAGGCGGUGGUAAUGGCGGCGGCGGCAGCUCACGAAAACACUACCUUUGGUCCCUAAACUUCUAUGCCCAAGCCUUCGACGUCGACACAAACGAAGUCCUCCGCCGCUGCACCAGCACCCUGUACCCGCGCGCGAAUUUCCUCGACGUACUAGAAGGAAACCCAGACCUCUACGGCCCCGUGUGGAUCGCCACAACGGUGAUUGUGAUAUUAUUCCUCACGGGGACGAUAAAUCAGUAUCUGGCACGUAAAGGCGAAGAGCACUUUGCGUAUGAUUUUAAGCUGUUGAGUGGAGCCGCGGGAUUGGUGUAUGGGUAUACGGCGUUUGUGCCCGUGGGGCUGUGGGGCGUGUUGAAGUGGUAUGGGAGUGAGAGUGCGAAUUUGUUGGAAUGUUGUUGUCUUUAUGGGUAUGCGAAUUUGGUUUGGAUUGCGGUUAGUUUGGUGGCUUGGAGUCCGUGGUGGAUCGUCAACUACACCGUCGUCGCCCUCGGUCUCGCGGCAAGCGCCUUCUUCCUCCUACGCAACUUGUACCCCGUGCUCAGCACCACGGAGGCGAAAACGAGUAAGAUUCUGCUCAUCGUCGUCCUGGUCCUACAUGCUGGCUUCGCAAUUGCUAUCAAGGUGCUUUUCUUCGCGGCCACGAGUCCCGUGGGACCGAAGACUGGGGAUAAGGGCGCGGGCACUGGUGGUGAUGAGGCAAAGGGCAGUAUGCUGAGGAUGUUGUUGCGGUGAGAUGGGUGGCAUGUAUGGACUCCUGUCUUGACAUGUGUGUGGAGUGUGAAGAUGGGUUAGUGGGCUAUUUGCGUGACGCUUUGCUACUGCUGUGUUUGGCAGCGCGGUGUAUGGGUUUGGGUUUGGGUAUGGUAUUACUUGGAUAAUUCUACCGAGACCUCUUCUUUUAUCUUGUUUCACAUUCGAACAUGGGAAUGCAUCUAGAUUUUCUUGAGGGGAGUUUCA